UUCUCUCUCCCUCUCACACUUGAAAGCGAGACUCCCCAUUUCCUUUCUCUCUCUAAAACCCCUCUUAAAUUCUCUACUGCCGACGCUCAAUUCCUGUUGGGAUUUUAUUGUCUCUGCAAUGUCCACUGUCCACCCAUCUCCAUAUGCCUUCACUGAAACUUCCAUUCUGACCUCCGAUUCCGCUUACGCCACUUUACGCCCAUGGCGGGAGCUUCUCCAGCCGCUCUCCUCCUUCACUCGCCCUUCAUCCCUUGGCGAAGCAUCAAUUCGUUGUAAGCGCAAUCUCAAAUACUUUCGCUCCAAUUACACUCUCGUCGUCCUGCUCAUUCUCUUUUUCAGCCUCCUCUGGCACCCUGUUUCCUUGAUCGUGUUCUUGAUCGUGUUCGUUGCCUGGUUCUUCCUUUACUUUUUCCGAGAUCAGCCGCUGGAGUUGUUUCAUCGUGUCGUUGAUGAUCGAGUUGUGUUGGCUGUGCUUGGAUUGGUCACGAUUGUCGUCUUGGUGUUGACGGAUGUGUCGUUCAAUGUAUUGCUUUCGAUUUUGAUUGGGGUUUUUCUUGUGCUGACACACGCCGCCUUUAGAGUUACGGAGGAUUUGUACAUCGACGAGCAAGAAGUCGCCGAUGGAGGAUUGCUUUCCGUUGUCGGCAGUCCGACUCGGACAGGGUAUAGCCGAGUCUAGAGAUAUCACUGGUUCGUUUUUUGCUAGGUUAUGGAUGAUGAUCUCGCCUCGUCCGAUCCAAGUUCUUCGAGAUUUUCCAUUGACCGCUUCUUUCAUUCAAACGGUGAUUGAUCUUGCUGCCCAAUUCAAAAUUCGAAUGACCAUAAUAAGGAACCCAGCUUCUCUCUCUCGCCGUCACCAGGAAAUUCGGUUUGCUACACCUCUGAGUUGAUUUGGCGACCAUUUUUUAUGCCCAUUGAAUUUCAGGGCUUUGCUUUUUAAUUAUUUCUCAUUUGUUCAAAAUGUUUGUACAUGUAGUGUUAGUUUACAGUAGCGGUACACAGAGUUUUGCUAUGUUAAAUCCUAGAUUUUUAUUCCGACACUACUUUUAUUUGGGUGUGAUUUGGUUGCAAUGUUGGGUUUGGUGUGGUCUUUAUUUUUGGAAGGAAGAAAGAAAUGGCAAAUAGUGGAUCUUAAUUUGGUUUUCAAUGUCUUGUUAAUACAUACUAUUUCUGACAUUUUUUU